GCGGAUUCUCUCAUUUUUUGUUUGGGGAUUCGAGGGGACGAAAGGAAUGGCGACUACGGCGUGUUUUAUGAUUGUAAGCAGGAACGACAUUCCCAUCUACGAAGCCGAAGUUGGAACUGCACCUAAAAAAGAGGAUGCUUCUCAUCAGCACCAGUUCAUAUUACAUGCCGCAUUAGACAUUGUGCAGGAUCUGGCGUGGACUACCAGUGCAAUGUUCCUGAAGGCAAUUGACCGGUUCAAUGAUUUGGCAGUUUCAGUAUAUGUCACUGCAGGUCAUACACGACUGAUGCUGCUUCACGAUUCUCGCAAUGAUGAUGGGAUCAAAAGCUUCUUCCAAGAAGUUCAUGAGCUUUAUAUAAAGACUCUGCUUAAUCCCCUCUACUUAACUGGAUCUCGAAUUACAUCAUCUCAUUUUGAUACAAAGGUUAGAGCUCUCGCCAGAAAGUACCUCUGAAGCACAAAAAACUGACUCUGCCUGAGGCGUCGAUCUACAGCAGCAUCAUAUAUAUGUACCAAGAAAAUCUACACCCGGAGCUCUCUUUGCUGCAAAAGGGUAUCUAUCAAUUUUUUUUUGAAGAGUUAAUUCCACCAGAGGUCCCUUGUCUUUGGUGGCAAUUCCAAAUUUAGUCUCAGACUAUCGUAUUUGCCAAUUAAUAUCCCUAGACUAUUAUUUUUUGGACAUUUUUAGUCAUUCUCAUCACUUUUUAUA